AUGCAGGCUCAUAAUGGAAGCGACGUGGUCGCAACACGCACACGACAGAAAAUGGGGAUGAUCUUUGAACACGCUCUCUUCAUAACUGUGAUAGGACUGACCUUUAUAACCCUGUGUGACACCUUCAAGCCCACUCAGAGGCCAAAGUACCAGUACACCAAGAAACCCCCUCGAGAGCUGUUCCAAACCACUGUUUAUGUAGGCAAGCCUACGGUCACCGCACGGAUUGUUGACUUCACCAGAACAAGAGAUCGCUUCCCUGCACAUGUCACAGAGAGCACUACAGUUCCUGCUGACAGCUAUAUAGACUACCCUACAGACACCACCGCAUCUCCCACCACGGCCAAAGACAAUUACACACUAGACUACAAUGAAUGCUACUUCAACGUCUGUGAGUGCUGCCCUCCAGAGAAAGGCCCACAAGGCUUCAAAGGAGAUAUAGGACUGCAAGGCCCACCUGGAGAAAAAGGAGCACCUGGACCCAAAGGUAUACCUGGCCCAAUAGGGUCAAAGGGCUUUUCAGGAUCCAAAGGGGAUAAAGGAGAGAAAGGUGAUCAAGGAAACAUAGGACUGACUGGAUCUCCAGGCAUCCAGGGAAAGGCUGGAAUGAAAGGUGAGAUGGGUAUUAAAGGUGAGAAGGGUGCAACUGGACUGCAAGGAUUCAAAGGUUCGAAAGGAGAAAAAGGAGAUCCAAAUUUGAAUGUGUCAAAGGGUGACCAGGGAGAGCCAGGCAAAGAUGGACCACCGGGAACCCAAGGCAUGACUGGUGAUAAGGGUGAAAAGGGUGAUAGAGGAGAGUGUGGUUUACUUGGAGAGGGGGGCCAGAAAGGUGAGCCAGGUGAUCCUGGACCUCCAGGUGUGCGUGGAGACCCUGGUCCAUCUGGGCAACACGGCAUGCACGGGACUCCAGGAAUCGCCGGAGAACGCGGGGAACCAGGAGUUCCCGGAGCAAAGGGUGAUCCAGGAGCACGGGGACCAGCAGGAGUCAAAGGUAUGCGAGGUCUGAGAGGAAUGAAGGGUGACCGCGGCCCCCAAGGGAAACAUGGAGACCGAGGCCUACAGGGAAUGAAGGGCUCAAUGGGUCAAAGUGGAUCGAGAGUACGGUCUGCUUUCAGCGUCGGCUUAUAUCCAAGCAAGUCUUUUCCCCAGUCGGGAUUUCCGGUUCACUUUGACAAGGUCUUCUACAAUGAAGAAAACCAUUACGACAUAGUCACAAGCAAGUUCAACUGCACCUACUCAGGAGUUUAUGUGUUCUCCUACCAGAUCACGGUAAGAAACAAGCCCCUGCGUGCUUCUCUGGUGGUGAAUGGAGUGCGUAAGGUACGCUCAAGAGACACCCUACAGGGUCAAGACAUUGACCAGGCAUCCAAUCUAGUGAUCCUGAAGCUGGAUGUAGGAGACCAGGUGUGGGUAGAGACGCUGAGAGACUGGAACGGUGUCUACUCCAGCAGCGAGGAUGACAGCACCUUCUCUGGGUUCUUGCUCUAUCCUGACUAACACCUUCUUCGUGGCUAGAUCUUGAACUGAACUUUACAUGAUAUGGACAUGAGAUAAAUGUAUGACCAAUUACAGUAGAUGUAGUGUUUUUAUCAUAGAGAGAUAGAGGUCUACUGUUUAAACAAGUAUUAAAACGAGUAUC